AGGAAGAGGCCACGGUGAGCAACACCAGGAAAGAAGAGAAGGGUGGCCUCAUGCAGGACUGCCCUGCUCCAAACACACUGACAUCUGCUGGACACGCUCGAUAACCGGGAUCUGCUUUGAAGGAGGAAAACACAAGGUUCUUUUUAUUCUCUUUUAAAUUAGAAAAAAGGUGGAUUUCAUGCGGCCCUUGGUUUGAGUUUGACAAAACAAGCACAAGCUGUGGUUGUCAAACCAGAACUGUAGCGCAGCUGUAAACACAGCUCCAUGAGUCAGAGUUUGACUGAAAACUCCAGACAUGAGUCGUCAAACAGCACCACCUGUUCUGGACAGUCACGGGAACUGCGUGCUGAAACAGAGUCGAAGCAGAGGCAACAGACGGGGGUCUGAUUUAUUUUUUGGGGGGGAGGACGGGCCAGAAUAGUUUCACGGCCUGUAGACUUUAAAAAUGUCUGAAAGGAAGUCGAUCACAGGCGCCGUCUCAGAGGUGGGUCGUGACACCGGAGAGACAGACCCAGAAGAGGAGGUGGAGGAUUCGGACACUAACUCUGGGGCGGUCCCGUCUCUCCAGGAGCUGGAGGAGGCUUUGCAUUCAGCGCCUCGCUCCUGUCGCCUCGGCGAUGAGGUGUGGCCAAACCUGCAUCUGGGGGACAUGUUCAUGUCCCAUGACAAACUCGGUCUCUGGCAGCUGGGCAUCACCCACGUGCUGAACGCCGCUCACGGCAAACUGUGCUGUAAGGGCAGCGACGAUUUCUACGGCACCACGGUGAAGUACUACGGAGUGGCGGCCUGCGACCUGCCCACAUUUGACCUUUCACCUUUUUUCUACCCUGCAGCUGAAUUCAUUCACCGGGCGUUGACAUCAGGAGGAAAGGUGCUUGUGCACUGCGCUGUGGGCGUGAGUCGCUCGGCUGCGCUGGUCCUCGCCUACCUGAUGAUUUGUCACCACCUCACUCUUCUGUCCUCUGUACGCUGUGUGCAAGAGAAACGCUGGAUUCUCCCCAACAGAGGCUUUCUGCAGCAGCUCAGAGCCCUGGACCGAGAACUGCAGGACAAACGGAACGACCCUGUGCGCCAGAAAUCCUUUGGACCUGUCCUGCCUUAG